AUUCCCUUUAUCGAUUAACACCGUAGUACCUAAUAACAGUCGUCAGUUGAGGCCGGACAAUCCCCAACAUGCUCAACCCGCAGCAUCUGCUCGUAAGCUCCGAAUCGCUCCUCGCAGGAGGGAAGGGAGAGAAAACAAAGGGAAUAAAAUAAAAUAAAAACAGGAAGGGAGUCAAGAAAACCCUGCAUUGGGCUCCUCCUUUCUCCUCAACAAGCCUGCUAUGGCGUCUUUUGCGACCGUGGCUCGCCUGUCUGCGAGGCUUGCGAGUCGACGGGCCGCCCAGGAUGCCAUCACUCGAGGGCGCGCAGGCUUCCGCACGUCGGCGGCGGCGGCGGCGGCGCAGAACUUCACUAUGCCGGCCCUGUCGCCCACCAUGACCGAGGGCAACAUCGCGAGCUGGAAGCUCCGCGAGGGCGACGCCUACUCCGCCGGCGACGUCCUGCUCGAGAUCGAGACCGACAAGGCCACCAUGGACGUCGAGGCGCAGGACGACGGCGUCCUCGUCAAGAUCGUCCGCGGCGACGGCGCCAAGAACGUCCAGGUCGGCACGCGCAUCGGCGUCGUCGCCGACCCUGGCGACGACCUCGCCCAGCUCGAGCUGCCCCCCGACGAGGCGCCCGUGCGGAAGGAGGCCCAGAAGGAGGAGCAACCGCCGCCGCCUCCGCCGCCGCCGCAGGAGUCCCGCGAAGCCGCGCCCGCGGGGACGUCUGCCGAGCCUAAGAAGGCCGCGGGGAAGCCGCCGCCGCAGAAAUACCCCCUCUACCCGUCGGUCGCGCACCUGAUCAAGGAGCGCGGGCUGGACGCGUCGGUCGUGGGCGAGAUCGUCGCGACGGGCCCGAGCGGGCGGCUGCUGAAGGGCGACGUGCUGGCGUACCUCGGCAGCGUGCCGCGCGCGCGGCCGGGCGAGAUCCGGGCCCGGUUUGAGCACAACGCGCACCUCGACCUGUCCAACAUCAAGAUCGCGGCGCGCAAGGCCGCGCCGGCGCCGAAGCGGGCCGCCCCGCCGCAGAAGGCCGCCCCGCCCGUCCCCGACGACGUCCUCGUCUCGCUGCCCGUCUCCCUCGGCGCCGCCGCCCGGGUCCAGCGCGGCAUCGCCGACACCUUCGCCGCGCCGGUGCCGCUGUCGGCGCUCGUCGCGAGGGCCGCCGACGCCGCCGCCGCCCGCGGCGACCUGCCCCCGCCCGCCGGCCGCCAGCCCACCGCCGACGAGCUCUUCGACCAGGUCCUCGGCCUCGCGCCGCCGAAGCGCCAGACCAAGCGCGCCCCGUACCUCCCACAGGUCUCGGCCCUCCCCCCGCCCGCGUCCCCCGCCGCCCGCCUGCCUGAUAUCGAUAUCAUCGACUUCCUCGCCGGCCGGAUUCCGAAGCCGUCGCCGCGACCGACCACGCGGCCUCCCCCACCCGGGCCGGAGUCCGAGGCGCGAGUGCUCACGCUUACCGUGCCGAGGGCCGAGGAGCGCCGCGCCAGGGUGUUCCUCGAGAGGGUCAAGACAGCGCUCGAAGACGAGCCCGGAAAACUGUUCUUCUGAGAGAGGCGUAGAGAGGGUGGUAAGGAAAGGGGGGUGCCAGGGGAGUGGGUGUGCAGCGAAAGGGGAAAGAAGCGGAGGCUUGGCAUUGGAGAGAGGAUAGAGCAGCCUUGUAUUCAUAGAUCCUAUAAUGAUGCUGGGACGGGGACGACUCCUACGAUAGAUUAUACACAGGUCCCUACCGAGCAAACGACGGCGUUAUUGUACCUACGGUUCCACUUUCCGGCACAGUGCGGUAGGGAACAAGGGGCGGGGGAGAAGGAAAAACCCAAGCCCCAAUUCCUCCUCCUCCACGAGGUAAAGAUACUGCGCAGCUAGUAAGGCUUCUCCCGAUAUAACCCGCGAUUUUUCACCCUCGAACUAUGACCGUCUUC